UCAAAUGGGGAAACAUUGACCCUUUGCGGACAACUUUGGCCCAAAUAAAGAAGAAAGAGUAAUUUCAAUAUAGCGCCAACAAAUGAAACAGCAACUCUAGGGUGUAAAAUCUAGUAGAUAGAGGGCAUUUCUGUACUUCCACUGAAAGCAUCCCGACAGCGACCGUUUGCUUUUCAGUCGAGUGGUGAUCCUGAAGCCGACAGGUCGAUUUUUAAUCCAUAUAUUACGCAUUGAAACUUUUAUCGGCACCUAUUGUUAGUAAAGUUCUAGUAACUCGGGUAGUUAAUAAUGCCUCGACUCCCAAAAAAACACCUUGGGUCAAGACCCUAUGCAAAUUAUACGUCUGAAAAACUUGAAGAAUGCUUACAAGAAAUUAGAUCAGGUCGGAUGUCGCAACGAAAUGCUGCCGCAACUUAUAGGAUUCCUAGAUCUACAAUCAAAAAUAAAUUGAAGGGCAAACACUCAAAAAAUAUUGGCCGAUCUCGAGUGUUUUCAGAUGCGGAAGAAGCUGCUUUUGAACAACAUCUUAUCAAGUUGGCAGAUUUCGGUUUUCCUGUAGUUGCAAUGGAUUUUCGGAUGGCUGCUAAAGCUUACUUAGACAAAAAAGGAUCCCGUAUUUCAUUAUUCAAAGAGAAUCUGCCUGGUUAUGAGUGGACAAAAUCUUACUUGAUGCGUCAUAAAAAAUUAGCCCUGCGAAUUAGUUCCAAUAUCAAGAGAGUUCGAGCAGAAGUUUCUGAAGCUGAAUUGAAUGACUAUAUGGAAAACUUAGGAGUCGCUGUGGAAAACAUUCCACCCUCUCGAAUAUGGAAUUACGAUGAGACCAACUUAAGUGACGACCCAGGAAAUAAAAAAGUCAUUUGUAAAAGAGGAGCUAAGUAUGUUGAAAAAAUAUGCAAUUUUAGCAAAAGUGCCACUUCUGUUAUGUUUUGUGGCAAUGCAGAAGGAAAAUGCCUUGCUCCUUAUGUUGUAUACAAAGCCGAGCAUCUCUGGAAUACUUGGACAGAAAAUGGCCCCCAAAAAUGUCGCUACAACCGCUCCAAGAGUGGGUGGUUUGACGGAACUACAUUUGAAGAUUGGUUUGAAUAUCAUUUUCUUCCGGAAGUGAAAAACGAAGAUGGACCUGUUAUUUUAAUAGGUGACAACCUCUCGUCGCAUAUCAGUGCUAGGGUUCUUCAACUAUGUGAGCAGAAUAAUAUAAGAUUCGUAUGUUUACCGCCAAAUACAACCCACCUCACCCAACCAUUGGAUGUGGCAUUUUUUGCUCCGUUAAAAAGAGCUUGGCGAAAUAUUCUAACCAAGUGGAAAGAGUCAAAAAGUGGUUCCAGAUUUUCAACCAUUCCCAAAGAUUAUUUUCCAACCUUACUUAAAGAACUUAUUCGAAAUCUAGAAAUGGAUAAAAGCCAGAAUCUUAUUUCUGGUUUCAGAAAAUGUGGGAUUUAUCCUUUAAAUAAGCAAAUGUUACUGGAUCGCCUACCAAAAAACUUGACUGAAGAGAAUAAAGAUAUGAUGAGUUCAGCUUUCUUAGAACAAAUAGAGGCAAAACGUGCAGAAUAUUUGGGAAUUGAGAAUAGGACCAAGCAGAGAAGAAAAAAAUUGCAGGUUCCUGCUGGGAAAGCAUAA